AUGAGUUAUCCGGGAAUACAUUCACACACAUCCUCUGUAUACACAACUGCAGCCAGGCGCUCGUCGGGUCAGUUUGCGACCCCUUCGUCGAGGGGUACUACACCGAGCUCACAGGGCAAAGGCGGUGAAGGCAGCGCCAAGAAUGCACAGAGAUACGGCUUUCUCAUUGAUCAGCGGGACGGGAACAAACGAAGAGCCGGGGAUGUGGGUUUCGACAAGAACACGCUCUAUGUGCCCGAGAAGUUCAUGAGAGAGUUCUCCAACUUUGAGCGCCAAUACUGGGAGAUCAAAAAGAACAAUUGGGACACAAUUGUAUUCUUCAAGAAAGGGAAGUUCUACGAGCUCUACGAAAAAGAUGCCGAUAUUGGCGCGGCCGAGUUUGACCUGAAAAUGACUGACCGAGUCAAUAUGAAGAUGGUCGGUGUACCGGAGAAGACCUUUGUUACCUGGGCUGCCAAGUUCAUCGGGCUCGGCUACAAAGUGGCGCGCGUAGACGAACGCGAGUCCAAUCUGGAGAAGAAUAUGCGCGAAAAGAAGGAGAAGGGCAAGAAGAAGGGCUCCAUCAUCCAGCGCACACUCUCGUUUAUCCUCACAGCCGGCACCCUGACCGGGGAUAUGGUGGUUGGUGACGAGGCUACGUACAUCAUGGCGGUCAAGGAGGAGUUUUCGCUGGAGGGUGCGCACUAUGGAAUAGUGUUUUGUGAUGCGGCGACUGGACAGUUUAGCCUGGUCGAGUUUGCAGACGAUCCCGGACGCACUCUGUUCGAAACACUCAUGGUACAAAUCAAGCCGAAGGAAAUCAUCUUGGAACGGGGCUGCUAUUCAGACAGCACCAAGCAAAUUAUUAGAAAUUGCCUGAACACACCCAUACUGUAGGU